UUAUAGAUACAGAGUCAUGUCUUCAUCCCCGCCGCCGUUUUUACCAGACGAUCUGAUCACCGAGGUCUUAUCCUCUGUUGACGUCAAAUCAAUUAUGCGAUUUAGAUGUGUUUGUAAGUUCUGGAACACUCUCAUUCUCGACCCCACCUUUGUGAAUUUGCAUCUCAAGAAAUCAGCAAAACAAAAUCCUCAUUUGUUACUCAUCACCGAUCGUAGUACAACUAUCACACGUGAGUCACUCCAUGGUAGUUAUUAUGAAAAUGAGGUCGAGCAUGGUGUCAUUCCUUACUCGGUAAGCAGUUUACUCGAGAAUCCGUCUUUCACCCUUUCUGUCGACUCUUACUACCUACUGCGAGACAAAGAAUGCUCCCAUAUAGUUGGUUCCUGCAAUGGAUUGAUCUGUUUAAGAGGUCAAUCCAACAGCCUUGAGCAUUAUGACUACUGGUUCCAAUUAUGGAACCCAGCCACCAGAACAAAAUCUCCAAAUUUUGGGUUCUUACGCUUAUUUCGAAAUCGUCCUGACUGCCCUUCCUCUGUUGAGAAUGGUUAUUACAAAUUCGUCUUUGGUUGCGAUAAUUCUACAGGAACUUAUAAGAUAAUGGCCUCACGUUACAAUAGACGUGAAAUGAGAAGCCAUGCCAGAAUUCUAAAUUUGGGUGAUGAUGUUUGGAGAGAUAUUGAAAGUUUCCCUGUUUAUCCUAUGUAUUUGGACUCAGCUUAUAAAACUUAUGGUGAUUUUGGUAUAUAUUUCAAAAACACUGUUAAUUGGUUGGCUGUUCAAAAUCAUUUUUUGUAUGCUUUUGACGAGACUAAGGAUAUCAGUGUUGAACAUUUAGUGAUUGUUUCACUUGAUUUGAGGUCUGAGACAUAUGAUCAAUACUUAUUGCCUCGUGAAUUCGAUGUAUUUCCACAUGCAGCUCCAAUUAUUGGUGUGUUGGGAGAUUGUCUUUGUUUUUCUUAUUGUCAUAAGGAAAUCCAUUUUAUUAUAUGGAAGAUGGAGAAAUUUGGGGUUCAAGAUUCAUGGACUCAAUUUCUUAAAAUUGGUUAUCACAAUCUUCAAAUUGAUUAUGACUAUAGUGACGAAGAUAUAAAGUAUUAUUUUCAAUUGAUGCCGAUGUUUAUUUCUAAGGAUGGUGAUACACUUGUAAUUAAAAGUAGUCAUGAACACCAAGAAAUUAUCUAUAAUUGGAGUAAUGAUAGAGUAGAGCGAACAAAAAUGACUAGAAGAAAAGCUGUUACUGAUGAUCAAACUGUUGAAAUUGUUGAUUCUGUCUCAUGCUCGCCCCGUGGUUAUUUUGAAAGCUUAGUUUCAGUGUUUUGGAAUAAUAAGACGGACCGCCAAGACCUAAUACAAUGUGGAAAUCAAGAGCUCGAAGAAGAGCAGCUAAGGCAGUCUAGGGAGGAUGAAUUCAGAGGAACAAGUUUUGUAUUUCGGGACAUGAUUUUUUCAUGUACUGUGUUAUAAACCUCUUUUAUUUUUAACUAUGUUGAUUUGGAUAGGGAAAUACCUCAUUGGAUACAUUCAUUUGUUAGCUUUUUAUAUUCAAAAACUUCAUUUAAGGGCUGAAGCUGUUAAGUGCAUUCGGUUGUUUAUGUUUGAAUUGGUCGGGGGAGACUACGUAAUGUUGGCUUUUCUAUUUCUUAUAACCAACUUUGAAGGCAGUUAUUAUGUUGGUAGUAAGGACUCUAUAGUUUAGAAUGUUCGAUUUCUUGUUAAUUGUUUAGUGGAAUCAGGUAUAUAUGGUAUAAGGAUUCUCUC